AUGGCCGCUAUCCAACUUAACUUUGCGCUCCGCACCUCCAGCAACUGCAAGACAGUCCACCUUCUCGGCUCCUGGGACAACUACCAGGGUCAACUUCCCCUCUCCAAGGACACCAAGAAGAGCGGUGGCUGGGUAGGAAGCUUCAAGUUCCAAGGCGCGACACUCAAGCAGGGCCAGCGAUACUGGUACUACUACAUCAUCGAUGGCUACCACGUCUCCCACGACCCCGCCAAGGACCACACCACUGAGCCCACCACUGGCCGCAAGCUGAACAUCAUCGACAUUCCCGCCCGCAAGGCUGCCGCUGCCGCCAAGCCUGCCGACCGUGCCUCCCGCCGCGUCUCCAGCGCUUCCAUCCCCAAGGGCCGUGGUGUGUCCCCAGAGGCAAUUGUCGCCCCCAAGCCCCAGCGCCCCCACGAGACCCGCCAGGUCAUCAACACCCAGUACGACAAGGCCACCCUUGAGGAGCUCAACCGCCGCUUUGCCAACCAGACCGUCUCCGACGCCGACUCCGAUGAUGACUCUGACUACGACUCUGACGUGCCCUCGCUCACCUCCACCAACUCGAGGUCCACCAACUCGAGCAGCCCCAGCAGCGUCGGCUCCGACGCCAGCUGCUGCACAUGCGAGCGCUACGGCAUCACCCGCGCUGGUGGCCGCGUCAAGCUCGACUGCGGCGGUGCCCGCUGCGGAUACAGCGACGACUCUGAUGACUGCUCAUCCGAGGACGAGUACGUGUACGAGGAGAAGACCACCCGCCGCCAGGGUGUCGUCAUCCGCGCUUAG